GCUAUCAGGCGGGUGGGUGACCGGCUGUGGGUGGGGCGGCAGCCGGGGCCCUGGCUUUUACGUUUAGGGCUAAGAAAGCUCCAGGGAGCAGUUGACUCUGGUGAACUCCGCCGGGGUCCAGGGCUAGGGCUCUUGGAGGAGCCCGUGGUGAACCUUACGCCUCCGGCCCAAGCUGAAGCGGCCUCGGAGCCCGCGUCCCACCCGGCGGCGUCUGCCCGACCCUCCACGGGCUGCGCGCGACCGCUCCGGCUCAGUUCGGGGCUGCGGCGGGAACCGCCGAGCUGGCUGGACGGGCCUUUACUCCCGAGGACCCCGCUGAGGAGAAGAAGCACCGCGGCUGGCCCGACCCCGAGUCCUGAGGUCAGGCCGUGGGCUCCGGGGCUCCCGGGCCGUGGUCCCCGUCCUUGCCCCGCGUUCCCAGGCGGAGGAUCGGCGACCUCGCCCGCGCCGCCCGGCUGCUCCUCGGAGUGUGGCACCGAGCCCUCUGGCGGGGUGAUUUGUCCUCCUUGUUCUUGCUUGAUAGAGGCAUCUAUUUGAAGGCUAUCUGUGCUCUUUAAAACUUUUAACCAAAGUGGAAAUGCGUGUCCUCUUUUUCUGGACCACUGUCGGUUUCCACUCUAGCCGAGGUCUGAGAUCCCGCUGAGAGUGAAAAAGGGAAAAAGUACCUACAAAAUAGCUCUGCACUUGGUCUCUCCCGCCCGAGAAGGGCAGAUGAACUUUGGAGUUAAGAUGCAGGGAGGUGAGCCCACAUCAGUGAUGAAAGUCUCCGAGAGUGAAGGGAAGCUAGAGGGCUUGGCCACAGCAGUGACCCCGAACAAGAACAGCGGCAACAGCAGCUGUGGGGGUGUCAUCAGCAGUAGCAGCAGCAACAACAGCCGCGGUGGCAGUACAAAAGGCUGGCAGUACAGUGAUCACAUGGAGAGUGUUAAUGGCUAUCUAAUGAAGUACACCAACCUUGUCACUGGGUGGCAGUACAGGUUUUUUGUUUUAAACAAUGAAGCGGGGCUGUUGGAGUACUUUGUGAAUGAACAGUCUAGGAAUCAGAAACCCAGAGGGACUUUGCAGCUUGCGGGGGCUGUGAUCUCACCCAGCGAUGAGGACUCCCACACCUUCACAGUGAAUGCUGCCAGCGGAGAGCAGUAUAAACUCAGAGCCACAGAUGCCAAAGAGCGGCAGCACUGGGUGAGCAGACUUCAGAUAUGUACACAGCACCACACGGAAGCUAUUGGAAAGAAUAACCCUCCCUUGAAGUCCCGGAGCUUCUCGCUUGCAUCUAGUGGUAAUUCUCCCAUAUCCCAGAGGAGACCAAGUCAGAAUGCCAUUUCUUUUUUUAAUGUUGGACAUUCCAAACUGCAAUCAGUGAACAAAAGAGCUCACUUGCAUCCAGACCAUCUUGUGGAGGUCAGAGAAAUGAUGUCUCAUGCUGAAGGACAACAACGAGACCUAAUUAGACGGAUCGAAUGCCUUCCUGCCUCGGGCCUUCUUAGUUCCUUGGACCAGGACCUCCUGAUGCUCAAAGCCACUUCGAUGGCAACUAUGAACUGCUUAAAUGACUGCUUUCACAUUCUCCAGCUGCAGCACGCAUCGCAUCAGAAGGGCGCACUGCCCUCAGGGACGACAAUCGAGUGGUUGGAACCAAAGAUACCUUUAUCAAACCACUAUAAAAAUGGAGCUGAGCAGCCCUUUGCAACCGAGCCGAGCAAGCCCGCAGCCGCCCCGGAGGCUGCAGAGUCUGGAGGACUAGCAAGGGAACCUGAAGACAUCAACGCAGAUGAUGAGAUAGAGGACACCUGUGACAACAAGGAGGAUGACCUGGGGGCCGUGGAGGAGCAGCGCAGUGUCAUCCUGCACCUCCUGUCACAGCUCAAGCUGGGCAUGGACUUAACCCGAGUGGUGCUUCCUACAUUCAUCCUGGAGAAGCGGUCCUUACUGGAGAUGUAUGCAGACUUCAUGUCACAUCCAGACCUGUUCCUAGGCAUCACCAAUGGAGCCACGCCAGAGGACCGAAUGAUUCGAUUCGUUGAGUACUACCUUACCUCAUUUCAUGAAGGCAGAAAGGGAGCCAUUGCUAAGAAGCCGUACAACCCUAUCAUUGGAGAAACUUUCCACUGCUCCUGGAGGAUGCCUAAGAGCGAGGUGGCAUCCAGUGUGAGUGGCAGCUCUUCUCCCCCAGCCGUCACAAACCAUGCUCCUCUGCCAGAGGAGGCACUGGCCCAGGCCGCCUCAGACUGCUACACUGUCAGAUUUGUUGCUGAGCAGGUUUCCCAUCAUCCUCCAGUCUCAGGAUUUUAUGCAGAGUGUGCAGAAAGGAAGAUGUGUGUAAAUGCACAUGUCUGGACUAAGAGCAAGUUCUUAGGCAUGUCAAUAGGUGUGACAAUGGUUGGAGAAGGUGUCCUUUGUCUGUUGGAGCACGGAGAAGAGUACACGUUUUCCCUGCCUUGUGCAUAUGCCCGCUCCAUUCUCACUGUCCCUUGGGUAGAACUAGGUGGCAAAGUCAGCGUCAACUGUGCAAAGACUGGUUACUCAGCCAACAUCACCUUUCAUACUAAGCCAUUUUAUGGUGGCAAACUGCACCGAGUCACAGCUGAAGUGAAGUACAACCUUACCAACACCGUGGUGUGCAGAGUGCAGGGGGAAUGGAACAGUGUUCUGGAGUUCACCUACAGCAACGGAGAGACCAAGUAUGUGGACCUGGCUAAACUGGCCGUGACAAAGAAAAGAGUAAGGCCUCUGGAGAAGCAGGAUCCCUUCGAAUCCAGACGAUUAUGGAAAAAUGUAACAGACUCUCUGAGGGAAUCUGAAAUUGACAAGGCCACAGAGCACAAGCGCUCCUUGGAAGAACGGCAGAGAACAGAAGAAAGGCUUCGGACUGAAACAGGCACACCCUGGAAAACCAAAUAUUUUAUUAAAGAGGUAUGUCCUGCACGCGUCCAGGCUGUGGCUCACUGUGUGCCCAGUGGGAACCCUGCCUUACCGAGUUAGUGCUGUGUUGCCGGCCCUUGUGCGUCUUCAUUUUUAAAAAUAGUGUAACUAGGAUUGGGGAGUUGAUAGGACAGCUCAGCCAGUGGAGCACUUCUUUUUUUUUUUUUUUUUUUUUUUUUUUGGUUCUUUUUUUCGGAGCUGGGGACCGAACCCAGGGCCUUGCGCUUCCUAGGUAAGCACUCUACCACUGAGCUAAAUCCCCAGCCCCUGGAGAACUUCUGUACGAGUACAGAGGCCCAGUUCAGAUCCCUGGAGUCCUAGGAAAAGCUAUAAUCUCAAUCCUGGGGAAGAUCUGAGUUUGAUCCUCAGACUCCACAUGUUAGAAGAAAAGAACUGACUGUUUACCACCCCCACCCCCCACCCCCCAUGAGCACACACACACGCACACACACACACACGUACACACAAGUAAUUGACUGAUUAAAUGGAUUUUUUUUUUUUUUUUUUUUUUUUUUUUUUUUUUUGGAGCUGGGGACCGAACCCAGGGCCUUGCACUUGCUAGGCAAGCGCUCUACCACUGAGCUAAAUCCUCAACCCCCUAAAUGGAAUUUUUAAAACUUAAAAAAUGAGCCAAACUUCAUAUCUGGCUUCUACCCUUAUGUACAUAACACACACAGAUACGCACUCACAUACACACACACAAAGUCUAGCUUAUGUGGGAGCUUUCUCAUGAGCUUUCCACAACUUGUUCAAGUAAUACAGCUUUUCCACAGAUCAGAUGAAAUAUUUUUGGGGAUUGAAGUGGGCCACAAAUUAAAGUGCUGACCUAGUGUUCAAUAGCAGGAAGUGCAGGAUGCAGUUAACUGUCUUUGCUUCACAUUUUAAACUGGUCACUUCCAGGCAUCACAUUUCUUUUUUAAAGAUUUAUUUAUUGUAUAUGAGUACACUGUCACUGUCUUCAUACACACCAGAAGAAGGCAUCACAUCUCAUUACAGAUGGUUGUGAGCCACCAUGUGGUUGCUGGGAAUUGAACUCAGGACCUCUGGAAGAGCAGUCAAUGCUCUUAACCACUGAGCCAUCUCUCCAGCCCCCAGGCACCACAUUUUAAGGGAGACAGAAGAAGUUUCAUUGGUCAUGGAGAGGAAGUGAAGUGACUAGAUAGAGGGAUGUUCAGAAAGAAAAUCAGGGAUACUUUGUGAUGCAUUUCUUCAAAGUCUCCGGGCUUGCUGCAUGGAGACUUGUAUCAGGGACUAGAAGCAUAGCUCAGUGGUGCACUAUUUGCUUGGCAUUUUGAAAGCUCUGGGUUCGGGUUGGGGAUUUAGCUCAGUGGUUCGGUCCCCAGCUCCAGAAAAAAAAAAAAAGCUCUGGGUUGAUCACCAGAACCAAAAGUUCAAGUACUUAAGUAGAGCCCAAACUACCAGCAAGCAGUUCUUGGGAAUAAGAGAGUGAGAACAUAAGCCAGUGUCUCUGAUACCGGGGCACGGCGGCAGUGCGCCUAACCCAGCCUUCUGCAGACAGAGGCAGGGGGAGGUCAGAGUCUUAGGAUCCCCAGGACUGCACAGUGUAUCCCUGGCAGCUAGAACAUACCAUCCCUUUCAUACAUUUGGAGAUGAUAGUUUGCAGUUGAACUACAUGAUGGGGAAAAAAUAAAAACAAAACCACAAUAGCCUAUAAUGGAUUUGAGAGAUAACUCAGUAUUUAAGAGCAUUUGCCACCUGUGCACAUGACCUGGAUCAGUUCUCAGCAUCCCCAUCAAGUGGCUCACAACCACCUGAUCCAGAGGAUACAGUGCCCUUUGACCUCCUCAGACACCUGCACAUGUAGUAUACAUAAAGUUACAUAGGCACAGACAUAUACAUAUAAAUAAAAAAUAGUUUUUUAAAAAAAUCCAUAAUUCAGGCUGGAGAGAUGACUCAGAGGUUAAGAGCACUGACUGCUCUUCCAGAGGUCCUGAGUUCAAAUCCCAGCAACCACAUGGUGGCUCACAACCAUCUGUGCCUGAAAACAGCGACAGUACACUCACACAUAUAAAGUAAAUAAAUCUUUUUUUUUUUUAAAUGUAUAAUUCGGGCUGGUGGCAUCGCUCAGCAGGGAAAGGUUCUUGCUGCAUGAUGUUGAUAAUCUAAGUCUGACUCUGGCUCCUCCCUCUGGCCUCCAUGUGUACAUUGUUGCACACAUAUACCCAUACAAUAAUAAUAAAAUUUAAAGUUCUUUUACAGUCCAGAUUCAUUUUAAUAGCUUCUGUGCUUUUAUUUUUCUAAUCUUUACCAACUUUUUGUAUAGGAGUAACAGAUAGAACAUUUUCCAACUCCCUGUUUUUUUGUUUUUUAUUUUGUUCUUUUGUGAACAGAGGGGCUCACAUGACCCAGUGUGGGGAAGAAAAGCAACUUUAUGAAGCCGAUUCUUUCCUUUUACCAUGUGGGUUGCAGGAAGGUGCCGGGUCUUAAGUGGCAAGUGAUUUUACCUGCUAAGCCCUCUUACCAGCCCCAUCCGUGUAUGUUUAUAUGACCAAACAGGCAUUUCUUUUUUUUUUUUUUUAAGAUUUAUUUAUUUACUAUAUGUAAGAACACCGUAGCUAUCUUCAGACACACCAGAAGAGGGCAUCAGAUCUCAUUACAGAUGGUUGUGAGCCACCAUGUGUUUGCUGGGAUUUGAACUCAGGACCUCUGGAAGAGCAGUCAGUGCUCUUAACCUCUGAGCCAUCUCUCCAGCCUCCAAACAAGCAUUUCUAAUUAGAUUCAGAAUUAUACCCAGCUGACCUUGGGUACAAGAAAUAGGUGUAGCAGAAACAGGUCUAUCUAUUGUUUAAAGCUCUUGACUGAACAAGAAGCUCACUCUGUUUUUGUAAAAAAAAAAAAAAAAAAAAAAAAGAAAA